ACCCCAGCACGCCUGCAGUCAGUACCUAGCCAAUCUAUAUUUUUACAUUGAGGUUACAAACUGUUACCCAUUCUCGUUCUGUAAUUGGUCAAAACGCCCCAGAAGUGAUCAAACCAAUAUGAGCCUCACUUCGCUGCAGCCGACGGCGCAACUCAGUCUGCCGCGUCGCCGCAUCCAUAUUGACGGUGCUGCCGACAGAAUUAGUUAUGUUAAAGCCUAUUUUUGAAAUAUUUCCAGGGUUAGUCCAAUAGGCGUUGCCUGGUGCCGUGUGAAGUGUACGCCGAAUUUCUUCCUUCAACAGCUUUUGUGAGAUGUUCUUCAUUUACCAUGGCAAGGGGUCUGUUUCCAUGGGGGUUGUUUAGAAAGCUUCUGUUCAUCCAGGCCAAAUUUUCCUACCUACACAUGAAGUACCUGUUCUUUUCCUGGCUGACAGUGUUUGUGGGUAGCUGGAUAGUUUAUGUCGAGUACUCGUCCUACACAGAGCUGUGUCGUGGGCAUGACUGCAAAAAUUCAAUCUGUGACAAAUACAGUAAAGGAGUCAUUGACGGCUCGGCCUGCAGCAGCCUAUGUAAGAAAGACACGCUUUACCUGGGGAAGUGCUUCACUGCCAAGCCUAACAGCCAGGUAUAUUCUGGAAGCUGGGGAGACCUGGAGGGAGUCAUUAAGUGCCAGAUGGAGGAGGCUCCUCAUUAUGAUUUGGGAAGCGAGAUGGAGCCCAGGAAGGAGGCUGUGGCCUUCAACAAGCCCACCAAGGGGACCUCUGUGGAAAAGUUUAGAGAGAUGAUCCUCAACCACCUAAAGGCUAAAGUAGGGGAUCAGGCCAACCUUGCUGACCUGGCAACCCAAGUAUUGUCUAUAACAGAUGCCAAUAAAGAUAGUCAUAUCUCACUGCCCGAGGCUCGCUCCACCUGGGCACUGCUGCAGCUCAAUGAAUUCCUGUUAGCGUUAGUCCUGCAAGACAGAGAGCACACACCCAAGUUACUGGGCUUCUGUGGAGACCUGUAUGUGAUGGAGAAGGUGCCAUACUCUCCCCUGUACGGGAUCAGUCUACCCUGGAUCAUUGAGGUGUGGAUUCCUGCUGGUCUGCGCCGCAGCAUGGACCAAUGGUUCACCCCCUCUUGGCCACACAAGGCCAAGAUCUCCAUUGGACUGCUGGAACUGGUUGAGGAUGUUUUCCAUGGCACUUUCGGCAGCUUCCUCAUGUGUGAUGUGAGUGCCACCAGUUUUGGCUACAAUGAUAGGCAUGACCUGAAGGUGACGGAUGCAAGGUACAUUGUUCCUGAAGCCAUUUUCCAAGAAAACAUUAGGCAGAAACGCUGCGAUGUGGACGAGGAUUGUCUUUACGGGGCAGACUGCCUCACUUCCUGUGACCUCACCAAGCACCGUUGUACACCCGAGGUCACCAGGCCAAACUUAGCCAAAGGCUGUGAGGCACUCAAGGACUACAUUCUGAGAGGUGCCCCAUCUGAUGUCAAGGAGGAGCUUGAGAAGCAGCUGUACGCUUGCAUUGCACUGAAAGGUUCGGCAGAACAGAUGGAAAUUGAGCACUCACUUAUUCUAAACAACCUCAAGACUUUGCUAUGGAAGAAAAUCUCUCACACAAAAGACUCCUAAUAAAUGACAAGCUUUCAGAAGCACAGAUUACUUUUUUAUAUUAGUCUUUUCACUGUGGAAACUCCCCUUAUCUUAACAUGCGUUUUAUCUUGAAGCAGUUGUCAAGGAAUGUCAGUUUCUGAUUUAAUCACAAGUAAACUGUUAAUAUACUGGAGCAAAAUGAGAAUUUUUUUUUUUUUUUUUUUUUUAAACCAUGACAAUGGGAAACCAAUACAUUUGACAUUAUCGAAAGGAUCCCAACAGAGGUUGACCUUUAUGUUAGAGUAAGAUCCUUUAUGUUUAACAUAAAACGGCUCCAAAAUCUCCAAACCCACCAGACUCCUUUUAAAUAGUCACCGUUAUCUUGAAACACUUCAAAAGUGACACAAACCAAAUAAAACUAUCAAAAGCCAUCUUGGUUCGUCUUUCCAUGUUCCAACAAUCGCCACCCUGGCGUGCUUGAAAUAAACCCUUAAUUCAUGCAUUUACAUGUGAAAAUAUGCUGCUCUAUACACGAUAAAAGUAUUUAAAAUGGAGUCUGUAGAGUUUGGCACUGGCGAUUUUGUUAAACUAAAAGAUCUUACUCUAAAAAGGUCUCUCUCUUUCCAUAAUGUUGUCAGACACUUGGAACAAUCUGAGCCCAGCGUCCUCGCUCAAUACUGGACCAAUUUCAACACUUUUGUUUACAUUAGUCAAAGCAUGGGAUAAUCGAGUCCAGGUAGAAAAAUACCAAAACUACCCUUCAACUUUGAUUCACCUCAACGCUCUGAUUCAAAUCCCUCAGACAAAUGACAUUUCUGUUUAGAAGGUAUGUUUGUUUGCAGAAAUGAUUUCAUUGCACGAGUUAUUUUUAAUGACAAGCAAAUGAGCCUAUAAACCAUUUUUAACUAUUGAGGUUUAAUUACACAAAACUACCCUAUAAAAAAAUCCCCAAAUUAAGGUGAUCAAGAAGCCCCGACAAUGCUAAAGGAAACAUUAAGUUUAAUAUAUGAAUAAGUACUCAAGAAUAUUACUCUUUUUCAAUAGAUUUAUUAGAACAAAUUUCCACAGGGAGCAGCACCUCAAUCAGCAUCUUCCUGUUCCUGAGCCCGGAGGAAGCUGGCCUUCUUCUGGGCGACACGGUCUUUCCUCUGGGCCAGAGAGAGCUUGGCACGGUUCCACCUAGGUCACAAAACAAGCACCAUUAAUGUUUGCAGGUUGUUUUUUUUUAUCGUUUCAAAGUUGCAAGUUUUUUUUGUACCUUCCAUACACCUCAAUAGGCUUAACUUGCAUUUCAAAUUGUACCAUACUAUAGUCAUAUGCUUGAGUUGCCAUAUUCCAUCUGAACACUCAGACAGACUGCUUGGAUAGAACCCUUAAUCCUAAAGUGAAUAUUUUACUCCAACAAACUUGUUUGAGACCUUAUAAUAAACCUAAAAAUGAUUUUCAAACAUCAGCAUCUCUCACCUCUUCUUCUUGACUUCUUUGGGAGGCUUCUUUUCAUGGACAGGGUUCUCACGAAUGGAAGCAUGAGCCUUUUU